AUGGCUUUGCCUCAGAGCCAGGCACCGUUUCUGGCCGAGCGUGUCGACGUCCAUAAAGGCUGCCGCUCCCUGGAAACCCUUCUCAAUGUCCUCAACGACUAUUGUGAAGCAGCCGGCGCUGUCGUGCUCCUACAGAAGAAGCUGGCUAAAGCGCUGCGAGAGGCUUCCGGAAUAAAGGUUAACGGGGAGAUUGCUGCCAAUGCCAUGAACGCAAGCGCAACUAUCUUCGAGGCAUUGUCCGACAUCGACUCCAAAUUUGCGAAAAUUGCGGACAAAGAGUACGACGUGAUCAGCGGAGAGGUUAAGAAGUGGUUCAAGAAGCUAGCUAAAGAGGAAAAGGCCCAUGACGAUCGAAUCAGCAACGCGAAUGCAAAGAUAAAGCAAGCCGGUCAACUAUAUGAGAAGAAGUCCAAGAAGAAUCCUCGCGACUCAGCUGAAGAACAUGCUCGCUAUAUCAAUCUUAUAAGCACUCUGGGGCCUGAGAUUUCACAGGAGAAGUACAACCAUUCUCUCCAAGUAACGCAGCGACAUGUAGCCACCACAUAUAGUGUUGCUGCUUGUCUUUCUCGCAUUGCGGAUGCAGAAUGGCUGCGAACUUGUGAGGGCGUUCGGCGAUUCUCGCCGGCUAUCGGGCCCUUGGGAGAAUGGCGUGCAUUAUGUGAAGGCGGAUGGACAGGCGCGGUCCCACCAUCUUUAGUUGACCCUGACGUGGAAUCACCGCCUACCGAGCCAGAAACUCGUGGGGAGGAGUUGCCCAAUACUCUCCGGAAUAUCGAGCCUCCCAGUUAUGAACGAGAGCAGACAACGGCCCUUACUCCGCUUUCCUCCCCUAGGCCUCCAAGGAAUCAACUGCCACCACCUUCAUCCUUCGAGCCGCCACGCCCGCUUGUUGACCCAAACUCGGGCUCAGUGCGAUCACUCUCUGCUUUCCCGCUGCCCCCAUCCCAUUUCCCCAUCCCGUCACGUCAGCAACUAUCUCAACAAGGAUCUUCGUCAUCUUCGGUCUCCAACUCCAACUCAAAUGUCAACUUCCCGUCGUCUCAGCCCGAAUCUACUUUGCUCGAACCUGAACGGCAAGCAGAGGAACCGUUGUCGAGAAGCCCGACACCCAAUCGCUCACCGGCUGAGACCUCUUCACCCCAUGAACCGCUUGAAAUCAAACGCCCGAUUCCAAUUCGUUCACAGACAGCGGACUCUUAUCAACCGCCUACUAACGGGUAUUCAACGCCAAACUCCUUCCCCAGAGGCGAUUAUGUGGCCGAUCCAAGCCCGAAGCAAAUUACGGAAACACCCGAAUGGGUUCAGGCCAAAUCUGGCGUCCAGCGAAGCGAUACUGGCGGGAGCAACGGCAGCGUUGUGGCUGCGAUGAGAAACAGAUACUCUGCAACACCGGGUGUCGUCUCUUCUCCUCCCCCGCCUAAAGAUAUGCCAAUCCCGCGUUUACCACUCAGCGUCAGCGACCUUGCAUCGCGAUAUCAGCCUGACUCGGCCCCGACUUCUCCGCAACGGUCGUCUCCAGUGCAAACACGCAGUCCUCAACAACAACCUGCAUCGCCAGACCGUUAUCCUGGAAUAGGCUUGGGUGAACGGAGCAAUUCUGCGGGAUUCGGACGACCUCUUCCGACUCCGUCUAGUUCCAGGCUACCUGAUGACACUCAGCGCAAUCAACAAGCAUUGGAUGAGGUCGCUGAACUUGAGUUUUUGGAGAAGGAAAAGAUGCUACAAGAGCGGGAGCGCGAGAUUAGUUUGCGGGCCCAAGAGUUAGAGGCAGAGCGGGCGAAUUUGCGUAACUUGAGGGGAGAGGAUAGCAAGCCCCAGUUGCGGCCACGGGAGCGAAAGACGUCUUUCCGGACUUCGCCCUUGCCGCGGCCACAGUCGCAGCUUGAAACGCGGUCACAACAGCCAUCUUAUGUUGGGAAUACGCAUUCCCAUUCUUAUAGCACCACCCAUUUGGUACCGCCUCAAGCGCAACCCACGCCUUCCUCUCGCUCGUCCAACUCAUCGGUUGACGGCACACCCCACGCGAUCUCUUGUGGCUGCGAGGCAUGCUCGGUCCAACACUACAAGUCGCCUUCCAACCGAGCACCGUCGCCUCACGACUUGCGACCGCCGGAAAAGCCGUUCACGCUUCGGACCGAGAAGCCGAAGGGCUGGAUCAGACGGCUGAGCAUGCCGGCGGUGAGCAACGCCUUUUCGCUGGACAAGAAGAGCCCCAAGAUGUACUCGUUGGACGCGGGGAGGCGGGGUGUGAAUGGGAGCGCGACUGCGUUGCAUAUUGUGGACGAGGAGGGCCGAAUGGGUGGUAGGCGCAGUUAUGAUGCGGGGGCAGUGGGCAAUCGGAGUGUGACGAGCUUGGUGGGGGCGGGACGGCGGUGA